AAGUAGGUGGUAGCAAAAAACAAAAAAAGGUUAAGCAGAGCAGUGGGGCGAGGAAUGGAUUUCAACCCAAGUUGCAAGGAUAAGAAGAAAACCAUAGAGCAAUCUGUGCUACUAUGUUGCAAGAUCUUUAUCUCUGAAUCACGUAACCGUGGUGCUCUUGAUGCUAUUGAACAAGCUACAAGGCUUAACCCUGAAACUGUCAUCGUGAACAAAUUUGAGGACCGAGCAUAUAAUAGGGUUCGGUACACACUUGUAUCAUAUGUUGUGCAAGAUAUAACAGGGAAUGCCAUUUAUAGUCCCUUGCAACAAGCUGUCCUAGCCAUGGUUGAGGCUGCAUUUGGAGCCAUUAACCUUGAGUUGCACUCCGGGACUCACCCUCGGCUUGGUGUUGUGGACGACAUUCUUUUCCAUCCAUUGGCUCGAGCAUCACUGGAUGAAGCAGCUUGGCUUGCAAAGGCAGUGGCAGCAGACAUUGCAAAUCGAUUCCAAGUGCCAGUGUUUCUUUAUGCUGCAGCACAUCCAACAGGCAAGGCUCUAGACACCAUUAGGCGUGAACUUGGAUAUUACCGGCCUAACUCUAUGGGCAACCAAUGGGCAGGAUGGACCAUGCCCGAUAUGCUUUUGGAGAAGCCCGAUGAAGGUCCGUCCGAGGUCUCUCGAGCAAGAGGCAUCACAAUGAUUGGAGCACGUCCAUGGGUUGCAUUGUACAACAUACCCAUCUUGUCCACAGAUUUCUCAGUGGCUCGAAGAAUUGCAAGGAUGGUGAGUGCUCGAGGAGGUGGGCUUCCCACGGUGCAGACAUUAGGCUUGGUUCAUGGAGAGGAUUCAACCGAGAUUGCCUGCAUGCUCUUGGAGCCAAAUCAAAUUGGUGCAGAUAGGGUCCAGAACCAGGUUGAGAUGCUAGCAGCUGAAGAAGGGGUGGAAGUGGAGAAGGGCUAUUUUACUGAUUUUUCACCAGAGAUGAUUAUUGAAAAAUACAUGAAUUUAACCUCUGCUCAAAGAGACUAAAUCAAAGACUCUUAAACAACUGCCAUAUCUACCAAGUUUCAAUUUGCCAAAAUUUCCUAAUAAACAUUGUUAGGGAAACAACCAGCUUAAUCAAUAUAUUAUUUGACCACCAGAAAGGUAAAAAAUGGAGGAGAAAAUUCAAUAUAAUAGUUGGAUUUUUCAAAACUUAAGAGUCAUGCACUUCAUGACUUUGCUGUAAAGUGGAUCAUAUGUUCAUUUCUUUGGUAAGUUGAUCACGUUUAUAACUUGAAUGUAUGAUAAAAUAUUAAGAAAACAAAGUUCCAUCAGUUUACAUCAGCCAUAUAAUCUAUGAAUAC